AUGUCACCUUCACAGCCCAGGCCAUGCCUUCAGGAUGGGAAGAGCUCCACACAGCAGAUCAAGCAGAAGCUGUUGGAUGGAUUCCAUUUCUCCAUGUUCUUCAAAGAAGGGCAGGGGCCCCCUGCUACCAACCACGGCCAGUGCUGGUCUGGGCUUGUGGUAGGGUGGGGCUGUCCUCCACAGAGGCAGCAAGAGGCCAGGGACCCAGAUCCACACCAGGGUGCCCUGGAGGGUUGUGUGGGAGAAGGCCAGGCCUCUGACUCAGCUGUCCACUCCAUCACCAGCACCACCACCUCCACUUUGUUCACCUGGCCCCCUGAAAACACUUCAGUUUGCUGCCAGGCCCUGCAACGGUCAUCUUUCUGGAUACUGCUGGCCUUCAGGACCUUCGCCUGGCCUGGACUGGGCUUGGAGGACCAUCAGGAAAUUGUCCUAGGCCAGUUGGUGCUUCCGGAGCCCAAGGAGGCCAAGCCAGAAGAUCCUGCUCCACCUCCUGGGCAACACGCAUCAACAAUGCUGGCCCUGGAGCCAGCACCACCACUGUUGGCGGACCUGCGGCCUGCUCUGGAGCCAGAGUCACCUGUAGCCCUGGAUGCACCAGGAUAUUUACAUUCAGCACCAGCACCAGCACCAGCACCAGGGGAAGGGCCUCCUCCAGGAACAGUGCUGGAGCCACAAUCAGCCCCAGAGUCCCCCUGUCCCUGUCCCGGGACAGUCAAGAGCCAACACACUGAGGAGCUGCCGGACAUCACGACCUUGCCUCCCAGGCUGCUGGCUGAGCAGCUGACCCUCAUGGAUGUGGAUCUCUUCAAGAAGGUGGAGCUCUACGACUGCUUGGGCUCCAUCUGGGGCCAACGACAUCAGAAGGGGAGUGAGCACGUGGCACCCACAGUUUGUGCCACCAUUGCACACUUCAACAGGCUCACCAACUGUGUCACCACCUCCUGCCUCGGGGACCACAGCAUGAGGGCUCGGGACAGGGCCAGGGUGGUGGAGCACUGGAUCAAGGUGGCCAGGGAGUGCCUACGCCUCAACAACUUCUCCUCGGUGCACGCCAUCGUCUCUGCUCUGCGCAGCAACCCAAUACAUCGGCUACACAAGACGUGGGCAGGAGUGUCCAGGUGAGGAGGACUCUCUCCAUGGGAGCACCAGGGUUGACUUAGGGACCCAUAGGUCUCCCCAUGUGCCCUCAACGACUCUGAAAAGUUCUUGGAGACCAAGGACGGUGGAGGCAGGGAUGGGCUGGUGGGUGUGGUCACUAAGCUGCCCUGGACUCCUAGGCAAGGAUUUCUAACUCAGGAGUAAGGUUUUUUAACCAUCAGGAACAGACUGGAGCCAAUUGGAGGCUUUCAGGUGUUUGUACCCAGCAGUGGAACUGUGUCCAGCUGGAAGCUAACUGUGAACACGCGGGGGCUCAUGUGAAGUGGAGAUGGGCCAGGGGAGGAGCAUGACAGUCCCACCCUGGUCCUCCGGAGCCCUUGUCAUCAGAUGACCCCACUGGAAACUCUCACGCAGGAAGCUGAGAUUCACUGAGUUUUCAAACAAGAGGGACUGGAACUCACAAAUCUCCCCCGUGAUUCCCAAAUUUACCCUUUUUUCUUUCCUCUGUCAAUAGAAAAAGCAUAAAAUAUCUAAAAGAACUCUGCAAAAAUGACACUGCAGUGAAGAGGGACCUGCUGAUCAAGGUACAGUGGAGUCUGGGAGAUGCGGGACAAGUGUUUAAGGGUCAGAGAAAAGAGUGAGUUUGGAAAGGCAUUGGACCCAGUGUGCAGUGGUUAUUUUGUAAUGUUUUGACUUAUCUACAAAAAGUGGACUUGAAAAAUUCCCUCCAGGCCUACUUUGGGCAAACAGGAGGAGAGGUGUGUGGGUCCAUGGGCGCGUGGGAGCACGGGGGCAGGAGGCCCUGGAAAUGGGAUGCGCCAAUGGCUGCUGGGCUGCUGGGCUUCUCAGUGAGGGUGAUGAGCUGCAGCAUUAGCAGGACUCUGGCUCCCUUGCUGGUCCAUGCUGCUGGCAUGGAGCUUCCUCCAGGCUGGGGGAUGGUCAUUGUAGAUGGGACUUUCUUCCUUCCUCAAACUGGGAGAAAAUCCUCAGGAAGCCAGGCCUCUGCUGCUGCUUCUGUCUGCAGCGCACCUCCAUGGGCAGGGACUGCAGUCCACACUGGGGGAAAGAGGGAACCACAACAGAGGAAGGCCAUGUGCCAGGGAGUCCAGUAGACUGCACAGCUAUGGGUGCCAAUGGGCAAACUCAGGACAGAUGUAUGGCUUGCUGGGACUCCCCGCUCUGCCCUUUGUAGACAUCUGAAAAUGGUCAUGUCACAGGAUUCUCACCAAUUAGCAGUGACAAAGGCUCAUGACAAGUAUCUGGGGGAUCCAUGCAUUCCUAGGGGAUCCUCCCUGACCAGAUCUCAGAAACCUCCAUGCAAAUGAGAAGGCAACAUGUCACCCCACCCAGGAUUCUGGAAAACCCUGCCAUAUCCGUCAGAGAUGUCGCCUCAGGAGGCCACAUCCUGAGUGGAGGAAGAGAGAGUUCUGUGCACGGAACUCCCCUGGGGGAUCACUGGCGAGGCCAAACCAUGGAUUUGGCAAGGUGCAAACCCAGUUUGUGUGGCAGAGACUACAGUCGGGGCUCAGAUACGCCGGUGCCACUUAACCAGGUCUUCUAAAAUGCCCUGUCCCUUUCCCAUCACGACACUGCAAGGCCAGAGACCUAGACACUCAGAGACUCCAGAGAACAAGACCCUGAUGGGUGGUGGUGCUGGGAUGUGGGCUGAAGGCAGCCGAGACAGAGCCUCCAGGAGGGGGAGGAAGUGCCCUCUCUUUUGGGGCCCUGGGGAGUCACUGCCCACUCUUGGUCUCUGUUUCCUUAUCUGGAAAAUAAAGGGAUGCUGAGCCUGUAGCGCGGGCAUCACAGGGUGGAAAUGAGGUUCGAGAAAAGAAAGUAACUGGAGGGUGCUCGUGAAUGGUUCUUCCUCAGAGGGAUGAGGGGGAGAACAAUGACAACAGCUACAGGAAACAGUACUCAGGAGGCCCUGUGAGGUAGCUGUG